CUCCUAGAGUUCUAUAGCGACGAUGUCUGGUCGUGGAAAGGGCGGAAAAGGUCUAGGGAAAGGAGGCGCCAAAAGGCAUCGGAAGGUGCUUCGUGAUAACAUCCAAGGUAUUACUAAGCCCGCUAUCCGUCGUUUGGCUCGCCGUGGAGGAGUAAAGCGUAUUUCAGGCUUGAUCUACGAGGAGACGCGUGGUGUGCUGAAGGUUUUUCUGGAGAAUGUGAUUCGCGAUGCGGUGACUUACACUGAGCAUGCUAAGCGGAAGACCGUGACUGCCAUGGAUGUUGUGUAUGCUCUGAAGCGGCAGGGCCGCACCUUGUACGGCUUUGGGGGUUAAAAAGCAACACUUCUAAAUCUACAACGAAAAGGUCCUUUUCAGGGCCACCUACACCAACAGAGAAAGAGCUGUGUCCUAUUGCGUCUGCUACCUUUUCUACUUCUGUUGUUGUUUGUGUUGCCUGUAUAUCUGCUUGUUAGCUUGCAGUUUAAAAAUAAAGCUACUUAAAA